CUCAGAGACUGGGAAAUGGUACUAUAAACAGCAGUGCCAUUUGCUGGGUACGUGACCUUGACAAAGCAUGUAACCUCGCUGGGCCUCGUCUAUACAACUGAUGGCGCACCUACCAGUUUUGCUUAAAGGAUCUUGCUUAAGGACCUAAUACUUAUAAAAGGAAAAGAAACUUAGAAAGAUGUCACUAGCUCAGAAAUGAAGACCUUAACAGAGUACCUGCCCGGCCAGUUCUGUUUCACCUUGACCACUUGCUGUCUCAGAAGACGUCCUGAAGCUGGUCUCCAUGUGCCUGGACAUCUUGGAAUUAGGUUUACCGCACUGAGGCGUUAACUGCAAUGUGCCUCUCACUGAAAGGGGUCCUGCGUCGCUGCUACGCGUGAGACGAGAAAGAAGGUUCAAAGAAGAAAUGAAACCGGAUCCAUAUCUUAAGUCACUAAGAUGACUGGACACUGUGAACAUGGCCUAACGGAGUAUACCUCUGCACAGAGCAGGACCUCUGCCUGUGUCCCGGAUCUGACAUCAUGGCUCACGUGCUCUCACCAAGGGGACACGCACCAGAGGCAUCAACAGGGCUUCCAGUUCUAGAUGAAGCACUGCCUGGCCCACUCCAAUGACCGGCCACACCAGAGACUCCUCAACGGCCCUUGAGAGCUGCUGAAAGCACCACUCCUAGGCUGAGACCCCUCCAUACCACCAUGGCCUGACAUGAGGACUUUGGAUAACCUUCGCCAUAUGACCCUGGGACUUCUGGAAAGUACCCUCAUCAGUCACAGGUUCCACAGACCACUAAUACCUACCAAUAACUGAGGCAAAAACUCAAAUUCCACAUGCCUGCAGCUGGAAUGGGUGCCAGGCACCAGUCAGAAACCCGUCUUCCGUGUCAGACUUUGCUGAUAGGUCUGGUGGGAAGAAAGCUACAACUAAUUCGACUAAUUCCAAGCCAAGUGAAUGCCUGCUAUGUGCAAGGCUGCAUGCUGGGCAGGACAAUACCACGGAGUCAAGAAAAGCUUCAAAGAGGGGGCGAGGCUUUGGACCAGCCAUGAUGAACAAAUAGAAGCUGGCCAAGCGGACAAGGAAAAGAUGGGGGCUUUCCAGGCCAUGGAGACAGCACAUGUUAAAGCUCUCUGAAGAAUAAUACAGAGCCAUUUAUGGAUGAAGAAACUGGGGCUCGAAGAGCCACCAGGCCAUAAGGAGGCCCAAGCAGCCAGGUGGAGAGGCCAAAAAUGGGAAGAACUAAGGCCCCUAGCUGACGGCCUGAGCCGAGAUCCCAGCCAGGAACCAGCACCAACAUGGAAGGAGAUUUCUAUAUUCAGAUGAAGUUCAAAUUGGCCCAGAAACAGUUAUGACCACUCUUUAUACUGCUAAGAAAUACGCAGUCCCAGCCUUGGAAGCACACUGUGUGGACUUUCUCACCAAGCAUCUCAGGGCAGAUAAUGCCUUCAUGCUACUUACUCAGGCUCGACUAUUUGAUGAACCUCAGCUUGCUAGUCUUUGUCUGGACACAAUAGACAAAAGUACAAUGGAUGCAAUCAGUGCAGAAGGCUUUACCGAUAUUGACAUAGACACACUCUGCGCAGUUCUAGAAAGAGACACACUUAGUAUUAGAGAAAGUCGACUUUUCGGAGCUGUUGUACGAUGGGCAGAAGCGGAAUGUCAAAGACAACAAUUGCCCGUGACCUUUGGAAACAAGCAGAAAGUUUUGGGAAAAGCACUGUCCUUAAUCCGGUUCCCACUGAUGACCAUUGAGGAGUUUGCAGCAGGUCCUGCUCAGUCUGGAAUUUUGUCAGAUCGCGAAGUGGUGAAUCUCUUUCUUCAUUUUACUGUCAAUCCUAAACCCCGAGUUGAGUACAUCGAUCGACCAAGAUGCUGCCUCCGCGGAAAGGAGUGCUGCAUCAACAGAUUCCAGCAGGUGGAGAGCCGCUGGGGCUACAGCGGGACAAGCGAUCGGAUCAGGUUCACAGUUAAUAGAAGAAUCUCUAUAGUCGGAUUUGGUUUAUAUGGAUCUAUUCAUGGCCCCACGGAUUAUCAAGUGAAUAUACAGAUCAUCGAAUAUGAGAAAAAGCAAACCCUGGGACAGAAUGAUACUGGAUUUAGUUGUGACGGGACUGCGAACACAUUCAGGGUCAUGUUCAAAGAACCCAUAGAGAUCCUGCCCAGUGUGUGCUACACAGCAUGUGCAACACUCAAAGGGCCAGAUUCCCAUUAUGGCACAAAAGGAUUGAAGAAAGUAGUGCACGAAACACCUACUGCAAGCAAGACGGCUUUUUUCUUCUUUAGUUCCCCCGGCAAUAAUAAUGGCACUUCAAUAGAAGAUGGACAAAUACCAGAAAUAAUAUUUUACACAUAAUUUAGCAUUGUGAUACACCUUGGCUAAAUAGUACCAUACAGUCUAGUUUCAAAGGCAUAGAAAACUGGCCACAAAAAAGAGUUUGAGUGUUAUGAAUAUUUAUAAUUUUAAGAUAAGAAACAUUUUAGUUUCUUAGAGGAAAUAGGUAAAUAAAUGGUGAUCUAAACUGCUGCAUGAUUUAAAGGCAGAUUUUCCAUUUUCUUACAACCUUAGGGGGAAAGAUUACCUGGGUUUAAUAGUUUAAAAAAAAAAAAAGCAGCUAUUUCAGCUUUAUCUUGUAUAAUUUCGUAGAUACUGACUCGUGAUCUUUCAACAGUUUUGUUAUCGAAAGAAUUUUGUUUUAUGUAGCUAGUUUGUUUUUAACUAUUUCGAAGGUUAAAUGAGAUGGGCAUUUGGCUUAACUAUUUUGAAGGUUACAGGAGAUGAGAUGGGUCAGUAUUCUAUUAACUCAAAUAACUAAUUUCAGACAAUUAAGAAAACUGACAUAUUUGGAGUUUUGAAAUAUCUGAUUGUUAGCAUUUGAAAUAUUGCUAGAAAUAGGCCUAAUAAAUGCCCAAGAAAAUUUUCAAUGCAUUUACAGCAAAGGAUAUUCUGUAAUAGUAUAGUAAUGUGUUACAUAGUACAGUUUUAAACUACAAGUAGAAUUAGUACAAAUUCACAAUAAUGUAAUAUAAAGAAAAGAUCUGAA